CGCCCCACUCCGAGGCGUCUUCUGCUGGGCUCGGUCACCGGAGCUGGAUCAGGGGACAAGAUGACGGCGGUCCUGCCGCGCAUCGAGCAGCUGUCCUCCCGGGUGGUGCGGGUCCUGGGCUGUAACCCCGGACCCAUGACGCUCCAGGGCACCAACACUUAUUUGGUGGGGACCGGCCCCAGGAGAAUUCUUAUUGAUACUGGUGAACCAUCAAUUCCAGAUUAUAUCAGCUGUUUAAAACAAGCACUGACUGAAUUUAACACAUCAAUCCAAGAAAUUGUAGUGACUCACUGGCACAGAGAUCAUACUGGAGGAAUAUUAGACAUAUGUAAUAGUAUCAAUACAGGCACCGCAUAUUGCAUUAAAAAGCUUCCACGCAAUCCCUUCAAGGAAGAAGUUAUAGGAAAGGAAGAGCAAAAAUAUGUUUAUCUGAAAGAUGGAGAUGUGAUUAAUGCAGAAGGAGCCACUCUCAGAAUUCUAUACACACCUGGACACACUGAUGAUCAUAUGGCUCUACUUUUAGAAGAGGAAAAUGCUAUCUUUUCUGGAGACUGCAUUCUAGGAGAAGGAACAACAAUAUUUGAAGAUCUUUAUGAUUACAUGAAUUCCUUAGAAAAGCUAUUAAAGGUUAAACCUAAUCUGAUAUACCCAGGACAUGGCCCAGUCAUCAAUGAUCCUGAAGCUAAAAUUCGAGAAUACAUUGCUCACAGAAAUGCACGGGAACGUCAGAUCCUUAAUUUUUUUCACGAGAAUGCUGGAAAGUUAUUUACUGAAAUGGACCUUUUAAAGAUUAUUUAUAAGAAAACUCCUGAGCAUUUAUAUAAAGCAGCUAGUAUUAACCUCUCCCUUCAUUUGAACAAAUUAGAAAAAGAUGGAAAACUGUCAAGCACAAUGACUCCUGAAAAGAAAUGGAAAGCUAAUCUCUAGUUUCAUGCUAGUGAAUAAAGAAUAAAUAAUCUGAAGCUUUGACUGAGGAAGAAUAUUGAAAAAGAAACUAGCUACAAAUAAUUAACAUCAUAUCUGCUCCAUUAUCAAAAACAUAAGAAUUCCACAAUCUAUAUUUAGAGUAUUCACUGUAAUUAUAAUUCAUCUAACUUUUUAUUUUCAAGACUUUAUGAAAAUAGAUUAUAAUGAUUUGUGAGUUCUUAACAGACUAAUUAAAACUUCUGUACUUUAAAAUUAAUAAAAUCAGCUUAUUUUAAACAA